GAUCGCCCCUGAUUGUCAUUUGACAACCUAAACGCUCUCUUGCUUCCCUUCUUGUCCUUCGUUUCACAUGUAAUUGGUCAAUUUUCAUUCGUUUCUGGGGUUGCCUCUCUCCUUGAGUCUCGUGUACGCCCGAAUGCUGCAUGCAGGCAUAUUUUCCAGCCAUCCUGGCCUCAAGCUCUGAACCUCAGCAUCCGCUGUUCCGGUGCUUGCCGAACCCCUUAAGCGACACCUGCGAAAAGCUCACCAAACAACCACCGAGCCAUUGGGGCCAUGGCCUUUCUUUUUCAUGCCGGCGGCGCAGCUGUCCAGCCUCUCGUUGACCCUUGGUCCCAGGGAAUUGGGAUUGGCGUGAUGAGAGAUGUGUUCUUCCGAUGGUCGGAGCUUGAUAUUACCCAGAUCGGUUCGCUUCUUGCCAUUGCCAGCACGGCACCCUCGGCUUGGAAAUUUUUACAGCACACCUGGCGAGAAGCGUACGGUUGGAUCAGGCAAUUUUUCUUGGCUUCCGUGACAAUUCCCGGAGGCGAUCCUCUCAACAGGAGCGUUGUCAAAUGGAUCCUAGCUAACCAAUCGCGACAUUAUCGAUCUUUCACUGGGCGCACCAAAGUCGGACCCAGCGCCGACCGGGCCGCUGCACUCAAGAAGACACAACACCCAAUCCAAUACUGCUCUCAUUGGCAUACGAGAUGGCUCUGGUUCAGCAGCAACAUCUUCAUUGUUACGCGCGCAUUUGAUAAUUUCGGCGCUUCCUUUUCAGAUCCGAGUUAUGACGGCAUCGGAGGGGAGGACAUCACCAUUAGCUGCUUCGGCUGGUCGGCGGAGCCCGUCAAAAGGUUCAUUGAGACUUGUCGUGAGUAUUCCGACAGACAAGCUCAGUUCUUCGUCAUCAUCUACGCACGAGACAGGUACGGGCUGGCCUGGAAGCCCAAGGCCCGCCGACCGAUCCGGCACCUCGAGACGGUGCAUUUCGAUACUGGACUGAAACAAGAGCUUCUCGUCGACAUCCGGAAUUACCUCGACUCGAAAACCCAAUUGCGAUACCAGAGUCGCAGUAUGCCCUACCGCAGAGGAUAUCUCUUUUACGGCCCUCCCGGUACCGGAAAGUCGUCCCUGUCAGUCGCCAUCGCGGGCGAGUUUGGUCUCGACCUUUACGAAGUCAAGGUUCCUAGCGUCGCUACGGAUGCCGACCUGGAGCAGAUGUUUCAAGAGAUCCCGCCGCGGUGUGUUGUGUUGCUUGAGGACAUUGAUGCUGUGUGGGUAGACCGCUCGAGCACCGACAAUGGAAACGAUGGCAACAACGCACCAAACUGCACCUUGUCUGGACUAUUGAAUGUUCUGGACGGUGUUGGGUCGCAGGAGGGCCGCAUCGUCAUCAUGACAACCAAUCGACCUGAAGAUCUCGACAGUGCACUGGUCCGACCUGGCCGUGUCGACAUGAAGGUCUUUCUCGGUAACAUCAGCCAGAAGUCCGCAGAGGAAAUGUUUAUUCGCAUGUUUUCUCCUGAUCUGGGCUGCACAUCGCACCUAGACAUGGAGGAUAUCCGAAAGCUUGCGAUUGAGUUUGCCAGCAAGAUCCCAGAGGACACUUUUACGCCCUCGCUUCUGCAAGGAUUUUUUCAGCUUCAUUUAGAGAGUCCUGAGAACGCUGCUUCAAACAUAGCUGCGUGGGUUAAGAAAGAACUUGUCAAGACUUCAGACAAGGAUUUCGAAGUAAUUUCGAGUAAGAGGAAGCUGUAAGACUAUAUGUAUUUUAUGUAACUGUCCUAUCUAUACUGUAAAGCUGAGAAACAGCUUAGUUUACUUAAUAUGAAGAUGCAAGAGGGGAGUCAAGGAACUCUCGGCAACCGUCAAUGUCAA